AGCGCCAGCGCAGCGCGAGCUCGGACACAGCCAUUGCGCGCGCCAGAGGCCACUCGGUCAAUUUAUCCAACAAGUGCCCGUUUCUCUCUUUCUCUCACUCCAGGACCGGUCAACGAUUUUUCUCUCUCUUUGAAAUGACAGUUAGGCAUGUUAUUGGCAUUCAAGCUACUGCUGAAGCGAAGCGGAGGAGCGUGUUGACAUAAACCUUAUUUGUUUAUUGACCAACCGCACCAACUUUUAGACAAUUAUUGAAAAAUGACGAUGUGCUUGUUAAAACGUUUGCGGCGUCCUGGUCGUUAAGGUGUCAGCUGUUUCUAUCUUUAUUUUCAAACUAGAAUUAUAUUCCUUAUGUAAUUAGUGAAAUGAAGCAGCACUUAACAUAAGUAAACAACAAGGUAAAGAGGAAGGACGUGUGUUGGCGCAAAGUUUUGACUUAAAGUAAUGGAAAAUGACGAACCCGAAUCGCCGGACCAGAACAAUGUCAACACUCAGACUAGAGGAAAUCCUGUGCCCAAGAAACCCCAUCUAACUCAGAUAGAGGUGAUCCCAUGUAAGAUCUGUGGAGAUAAGUCAUCAGGUGUUCAUUAUGGAGUUAUCACUUGUGAGGGUUGCAAGGGGUUCUUCCGCAGAAGUCAGUCCUCCAGUGUGCAGUAUUCAUGUUCCAGGCAGAGUAACUGUCCUAUUGACCGCGCCAGCCGCAACCGCUGCCAGAGCUGCCGACUUAAAAAAUGUGUUGCUCAGGGCAUGAGCCGCGACGCGGUGAAGUUUGGUCGCAUGUCCAAGCGUCAGAGAGACUCGCUGUUUGCAGAAGUUGAGAGACACCGGCAGCAGCAGCGUUUUCAGGGCAACUCAGUUCAAGAACCCCAGCCUCUACCAGCCUACCGGCCCAGCAAAGAGCCCAGAGAACAGUCAUCACAUCUCAUUCCUACUCUGCCUCCAGCCUACCCCUAUUCUGUGGAGCCUGAACUGCCAGGCUGUCCACCAGAGGUGCAUCCAUACCUGGAGUGUCGCAGAAGCGAGGCCCAGGCUCCUGGUCUGGCCUGCAGGGGCUCCCACAGGAGGGGUGAGAGCAACAGCCUGACAGCUGGUAGAGGCUUUGACUCCACAAGGUCUACACCAGAGGCCAUCCUAAACAUGCCAGGUAGUGAAAUGGGGUUUCGACCUUUUGACCCUGAGAGCUCGUUUUUUGGCUACUCAACCUCUCUGCACAUAGAGGAGCUUUGUGCGAGUAUUGUGCGUUCCCACAGAGAGACGACUCAGUAUCGUCCAGAGGAGGUGCAGUCUCUCAGAUGGAAGGUUUUCAGCAGGGAGGAGAUCCAUGCUUACCAGAGCAAGUCGGUGGAUGAGAUGUGGCAGCACUGUGCAGUGCAGCUGACUGAUGCCGUUCAGUACGUGGUGGAAUUUGCUAAACGUAUCCCAGGAUUCCGUCAGCUCUGUCAGAAUGAUCAAAUUGCUCUGCUCAAGAGUGGGUCCAUGGAAGUGGUUCUGGUCCGGAUGAGUCGGAUGUUUAACACGGAAAACAACACAGUAUUCUUCGAUGGCAAAUUUGCAGGAACAGAACUUUUCAAAUCUCUUGCAUGUAGUGAUCUAAUAGCUGCUGUAUUUGACUUCGCUCACAAUCUAUGUGCGCUGAGACUGACUGAACAGCAGAUGGCGGUGUUUAGCGCACUUGUCCUCAUCAACGCAGAUCGGCCGUGUCUGGAAGACAGAGAAAGAGUGCAGAGAGUAAGGAGAGAUGUGGAGCUUGCCCUGAGUCACAUCCUGCACAGAGACAAUCAGGAGAGUCUACUGCUUAAGUUGUACCAGAGGGUGCCGGUGUUGAAGUCUCUGUGUGCACAGCAUAUUGAGAAACUGCGGUGGUUCCGUCAGCUGUACCCACUCACUGUGCAUUCCCUCUUCCCUCCGCUGUACAAAGAGCUGUUCGGCUUUGACACAGAUAUACAGACACUGGCUACUCACUGAACACACACAGUCAAACAGUUACAAAUGAAACAGGUGUAUGCAAUCUUGGUCAUUUACCUGUUGAAGAAGAUGAAUAUAUUGUAACUCUCACACAAACAGAAAAUAAUAUUAAUAGAUCUAUGCAUAUGUGUGAGUUUUUAAGUAUUUUUGUGCAAAUUCUAAUUUGUAGGCCAAAGCUAAAUAUUAGCCUACUACAAAUGCUAUUCAAAUGCUAUUCAGUUAUUCUUAAAGUUGCUUUUGACUGAGGAUAUAUUGUAAUGUUUUUAAAGAUUUUGUCUUGAUCCUUGCUGUUAUAAAGGAGCAUUAGCUCUGAUAAUUAAAUUGUGAUUUAUAGCACUGAUGAAUAUAUUCAAAGAGUGAAUGCUUUUGAAAUAGAAUAUCUGAGAUUGUCAAAACUAUCAGUGUUUCCAGCCCCAGAGUAUAUUCAGUAGGGGGAAAAAAAGAACUGGGACUUUUGAUCUGACGCCAUCAGACAUUUGUUUAGUCUUUUCUUUUGUUCUCUCCCUAUUUAAUUCACAGGCAAUGUAGAGGCAGAGAUUCUUUAUACACUUAUUGCAUUAAUUUAAAUAUGGUCAUCUAUUUUGACACCUUAUGUGUUGCCAUUUUUGUACGUCUUGCCCCUAAAAUCCCACUAAAGCUUGUUUUGGCACAUGCACUCCUCAACUCUUUAAGAACAACCUGUUAUUUCAUAAUUGUGGAGUGUUUCCUUGAACUCACCAGUCCCAUCAGACAGAUGCAGGACAAGCUAAACUAUAAGUUUGUUGUAUAAUCAGUAUAUUAAGAUUGCUUACUCAAUAUUGGUGACUUUCACUAGUCAUUCAAUCAAUUUAAUAAUUAUAAUCAUUGAAGAUUUAUGCUCAUGGGUCUACAAAAGAAUUAGAUAUUAUGCAUUUAUUUGUCAAGCUUGUGUAGACAAUUAGAUUGGUAACAAUUGUUUUUUGUCUUAAUUACGCAGUCUAAUUUGUGGACACCUAUAAACAAUUCCCCAAAUGUUUAUUUACAGGAGUUUCAUUUGUGCAUUUUCCUAUAAUGUUCUAGUGAGCUAUUUGCUCUGGCACAGUUUGUGUUCCUUUUGUAUUUUGUGUCGGCUUUAAAUUAUCAGCCACAGUUCUGUUAUUGUUUUGUUCUGUUUUGAAGCAUAAAUCCCAGCUUGUUAUGUGCUCCUUCGCAGGAAAGGCCUCAAAUAAACCUCUGAAA